AGAGCCGGGUGGCGGUGCGGCUCCCGGAAAGGAACGGAUCCUCCAGGAAGCCGGGUCCGUGUGGCUGCCGCUGCCGCCGCGCUGCGGUGGCCGUGAUGCGUUCCGCUUGCAGCUUCCCGCUGCCAGGGGCCCCGGCCGCCAAGUCGGGCGCUGCGAGCAGGAUUGACAGUGAGAAACUGACAGACAUUGAACCAUGACCCCAUGAGCUUCACUCCGCUAAAGAAUGUUCAACUAAGGAGGGCCCCACUAACUGAAAUCAUGAGUUAAUGGAUCUCUCUGGUGGAAUGCUCUAACUCCAGGAGGACCCCAUCGUUUCUGUAGUGGUGUGUGAGGACUGACUCCUAGAACAUUGCCCGGUCUCUGACCCAUCAGCAUGGGGAGGAUCGGCAUCUCCUGUCUUUUUCCUGCUUCCUGGCAUUUUAGCAUCUCUCCAGUGGGGUGUCCUCGAAUUCUGAAUACCAAUCUACGCCAGAUUAUUGUUAUUAGUGUUCUGGCUGCUGCUGCUUCACUUUUAUAUUUUUCUGUUGUCAUAAUCCGAAAUAAGUAUGGGCGGCUAUCCAGAGACAAGAAGUUUCAAAGGUACUUGGCACGAGUUACUGACAUUGAGGCCACAGACACCAAUAACCCCAACGUGAACUACGGUGUCGUGGUGGACUGUGGUAGCAGUGGGUCUCGGAUAUUUGUCUAUUGCUGGCCGAGGCAUAAUGGCAAUCCUCACGAUCUGCUGGAUAUCCGCCAAAUGAGGGAUAAAAACCGAAAGCCAGUGGUUAUGAAAAUAAAACCCGGCAUUUCAGAAUUUGCUACCUCUCCGGAGAAAGUCAGUGAUUACAUUUCUCCACUCUUGAACUUUGCUGCAGAGCAUGUACCACGGGCAAAACACAAAGAGACGCCUCUCUACAUUCUCUGCACAGCUGGAAUGAGAAUCCUUCCCGAAAGCCAGCAGAAAGCCAUCUUGGAAGACCUUCUGACCGACAUCCCCGUGCACUUUGACUUUCUGUUUUCUGACUCUCAUGCAGAAGUAAUUUCAGGGAAACAAGAAGGUGUGUAUGCUUGGAUUGGCAUUAAUUUUGUCCUUGGACGAUUCGAGCAUAUUGAAGAUGAUGAGGAGGCAGUUGUGGAGGUUAACAUUCCUGGCAGUGAAAGCAGGGAAGCCAUUCUCCGUAAAAGGACAGCCGGUAUUCUCGACAUGGGAGGCGUGUCGACCCAGAUAGCGUACGAAGUUCCCAAAACUGUAAGCUUUGCCUCCUCACAGCAGGAAGAAGUCGCUAAGAACUUGUUGGCUGAAUUUAACUUGGGAUGUGAUGUUCACCAAACUGAGCAUGUGUACCGGGUCUACGUGGCCACAUUUCUUGGGUUUGGUGGCAAUGCUGCUCGACAGAGAUACGAAGACCGGAUAUUUGCCAACACAGUUCAAAAGAACAGGCUCCUGGGGAAGCAGACUGGUCUGGCUCCUGACACCCCAUACCUGGACCCUUGCUUACCCCUGGACAUUAAGGAUGAAAUCCAGCAAAAUGGGCAGACCAUGUACCUCCGGGGAACAGGAGACUUUGACCUGUGCCGAGAGACCAUCCAGCCUUUCAUGAAUAAAACAAACGAGACGCAGACCUCCCUCAACGGGGUCUACCAGCCCCCUAUUCACUUCCAGAACAGCGAAUUCUAUGGCUUUUCGGAGUUCUACUACUGCACUGAGGAUGUGUUACGAAUGGGGGGGGACUACAACGCUGCUACUUUUACUAAAGCAGCAAAGGAUUAUUGUGCAACAAAGUGGUCGAUCCUGCGGGAACGCUUUGACCGAGGACUGUAUGCCUCACACGCCGACCUCCACAGGCUAAAAGUUCCCCUGUCCGUCCCUUGCUUGUUGGAGUCCUGCCCAGACCUCAGAGUCAGGUAUCAGUGCUUCAAGUCUGCCUGGAUGUUUGAGGUGUUCCAUAGGGGCUUUUCGUUUCCUGUCAACUAUAAAAACUUAAAGACAGCCUUACAAGUUUACGAUAAGGAGGUUCAGUGGACCCUCGGAGCAAUCCUUUACAGGACCCGGUUUUUACCGUUAAGGGAUAUCCAGCAGGAGACCUUCCGGGCCAGUCACGCUCACUGGAGGGGCUUCUCCUUUGUCUACAAUCACUACCUGUUCUCGGGCUGCUUCCUGGUGGUCCUGCUCUCCAUCCUCCUCUACCUGCUGCGGCUGCGGCGCAUUCACAGGCGGACGCUGCGUGGCGCUUCGACCACCACCCUCUGGCUGGAGGAAGGCCUGCCGUCCCAGAAGAUGGCCGCGUGAACUUAGGGACUGGAGUUCGAGAGCCCAGGAAGACUUUCUGAAGGAAAAGCCAUUUUUGCCUCAGGGUUUCUCCUGCUUAUUCUCUUUCGGCUUUGUUUUUGCUUUCCCUUUUUUGUUCCUUGCAACAAAAACAAACUCCGCUGUCGGAAGCUCUGCCUGUCCAGAAAGUGUUGCGGUUAGCUGUUCUGGAUACAGGUUUAAGUGGAGGAAAAAGGGAAAAUGACUUUGUUUUUGCUGCAUAGGAUACCGAUUAAGAUUUUUGGCUUUUCUCUGAGGGAUGUUAAAUUUUAAACCGCUGCACUUUGCCUUUGGAGGGAAUGGCAAAGCCGUUUCCCAUCAGUGGUGGUGGCACUGAUGAGUGUCGCGUUCUCAGAACCAGAACCCGCCCGGCGGAAAUCGCAGUCCUCUUUUUGUCCGUCUCAAAAGCUCUAAGCUGAAGAGGGUGGUGUGUAGUUUUCACUUACUGUUCAGGUCUGUCACUACAUGUUUUCUUUGUGGGCUGAAAAACUCAAAGCCAUUUAUACCCAAGACGGAGAAAGGCAGGCACCAGGAGGUAACUUUUUAAAACUGAUAGUCCUGGAAGAUGUGAAAUAACGACUAGAGCAGUGCACAUGUGUGUGUGAGAGUGUUUUGUGUGUGUGUGUGGAAAGAGAAUGCAUGUGUGAGAGAAAGUAUGAGA